AUGGCAUCUCUCAGAACCCAAGCAGCGGCCGCCACCAUGCUUCGAAGCGCGAGAUUGGUUCCGAAUAGGCAGGCUUUGGCCAUGGCGCAGCGACGCUUUAAGACCGACGACUCGAGAACUUCUCUUGCCGAGACGACCGAACAAGCCGCCAUUCCAGAGGAGAAGCCGCAUAAUGCUCCCGACUACGGUGUACAUAUUGACCGAGCUACGUCAACAUUCACACCUGUGCCGAAGCGAGUAAUGGAUGGUAGCGAAGACCAUAGCGUUCUCCCUGCUGCUGUACUCUCUGGCGCACCUGUGGAACUACAGGCUAGAACCGUCCGCAUCUACCAACCCUCUAAACCCGCCACGCAAUCAGGAAAUUGGGGUAGCCACCAUUGGAGAAUGGAUUGGGACGUCCUAGCCAAGGGACACCGAUGGGAGAACCCUCUAAUGGGCUGGCAAUCAUCCGCCGAUUUUAUGCAAGGCACUAAGCUCGAAUUCAAGAGCAAGGAAGACGCCAUUGCUUUUGCCGAGAAACAGGGUUACGAGUAUUUCGUACAAGAACCCAACGUUCGAGCUUUUACGCCGAAGGCUUAUGCCAAUAACUUCUUGUAUACACCCAAGAAGCUAAAGCUCGUUCGAGCGAAAUAG